AUAAAUUGGUAAAGCAAAAAAAAAAAGAAUGUCAUGGAAUAAUAAACAACUUAACUUGACCCUUUAAUACAGGUAUUUUUUUUAAAGAGAAAGGGUAUUUUUCGUUCCUUCCUUAAAUAACAAAACGUAAAUACUUAAAAUAGUUUUGUUUAUAUAUUAUUGAUAAUAAAGGUCACACCGUGAAGCGUGUAACAGUUUGGUUAAUUAUAAUAGGAGUGACGUCACGACUCCCCCGGCAUUCACACGCGCGCAAGUUGUAGCCUACACGAGCGCGAACGUGCGGAGCUCCAGGUGAGACGAACAUCUGAUAGAAUAGAGAUUUUGAGUAGUUACCUAAAUAAUGGUCAUGAAUUAUACAAAAAGUCUGGAAAUCAUUAACUAGCGGACGGUCGGAUCAUGGACUCACCAUCUGUAAUCCUGGAAACACUGAAAAAGAGAAAUAAAGAGUUUGAGGCAAUAGUGCGGAUGGAUGGAUGUGUGCCCUUCUCAAAUCAGGUGGCCGGACAUAAAUGCGGAAUCAAUAACACUGGAUUUCAGUCUCUGGUUCACUAUACUUGUACAGGUGUUCUGCAGCAUCCUGAUGGCACAAUACUCAAACAGCUACAACCUCCUCCGAGAGGCCCACGAGAGAUGCUCUUUUACAAACAGGUUUAUGCUAAAGACUGCACAGAUGCAAAGCUACUGGAUCUGCAGCAACAUCUUCCCAAGUUCUAUGGCACAUGGGCACCACAGGAGUCCCCAAAUGAGGUCUAUCUAAAGCUGGAGGAUGUGACACAGGGGUUUUUACGGCCCUGCAUCAUGGAUGUGAAGAUCGGGAGGAGAAGUUACGAUCCGUUCGCAUCACAAGAGAAACGUGAAGAGCAGAUCAGGAAGUAUCCUCUGAUGGAGGAGAUCGGCUUUCUGUUACUGGGAAUGAGGGUGUACCAGAUGGACUCAAAGAGCUACAUUACCCAUGACCAGUUCUAUGGACGUAGUCUUGGAAAGGACACAGUUAAAAAUGGGUUGGCUAGAUUCUUCAAUAAUGGUAAAGACAUAAGGAGAGAUGCAAUUUCCCUGAUCAUCUGUAAAAUCCAAAGCAUCCUCCGCUGGUUUGAGAACCAGACUCAGAUGCAUUUCUAUGCCAGUUCUCUGCUGCUGGUCUAUGAAGGUUUUCCCCACGGAGUCAAUGGAACGAAACACAGGAAAAUUGAGCUUAUGCAGGAGUCAGAGUGUAACCACACCAGUUUAACCCAAUCAGGACACCCAUGCAGUCAACCAUACGACACUGAUCUUCUUCAUGACAUCCGGAGUGAGAGGAACAUUAAUGGAACUUGUGGAGAAAGUGAGGACUUUAGUAUGGAGCAUCAGAAAGAGGUCGGACCAGAUGAAAGAGUGGAGGUGAAGAUGAUCGAUUUCGCUCAUGUGUUUAUUAGUGACAGUACAGAUGAGAGCUAUAUGUACGGACUGAGGAACCUUCUAUCAAACUUAGAGGAAAUAUUAAAGGACUAACAUGUCCUUAUCUCUCCCUGUCUCUCUGUAUCUCUCUUCGUACUUUAUGGAGCCUGACCGUACAAUACAAAUUUUAUGAGGUAGCUAAUUCAUCUUAAUUCGUACAAUCACAUUUAUACAUUUUGGUUCGAUUUGCUUUCACCCCUGUGAUGUGGGAUUACGGGCAGGGUUAGCGGAAGGGUUUCAUUAUUGUUUUUUCCUCUAAAAAUCAUAUUUUUGCACGAUUCACACAGCCAUAUCAUAAAAUACAAAUUCUUGUGAGAUCAGUUUGGAUAAGGAUCACUAUAAUAUAAAUUUUCUUUGCUUGAAAAAUUUUAUGAGAACUGUUGCUUUAAAUCAGAUUAUUAGCAAAUUGAGAACACACUUACUGUGUAAGUACUGACUUUUCUUAAUGAAAUACCAACGAAAGCACCGUGUCUUUCUGCAAAAUAAUAUUUUCAACCUAAAUUUUACUUCGAUUUUAUCUGUAACAUUUAUGCUAACCUUUUCUCACUGCCAAAAAUAUCCACUAUAAGCAGAUGCAAAGCCACUAAGCAAAAAUGUCACGCUGGACCAUAAAAACCUAUACAGUAAAAAUGUGAGGAAUGAAAUUACAUUUUUAUUCAUUCCCUAACAGCCUUUUGUUUUUUUUUAAAUUCGACCACUUUUGUGGUUUUCACAAAAGGUUCACAAAAUGCCUUCCAGGAUAAUUUUCUUCUAUAAAUAUAUAAACAAAUAUAUCAAAUGAAAGAACAGACCCUCUGCUUUCAAAUAAAUAAACAAACAAAACAGGUAAAAACAUUUAAUUCUAUCUUCAUUUUUCUUUGUAUAACCUCUUAUAUAUGGAUAGGCUUCUUUAAAAAUACAAAUUUUUUGAGCAAAAGCUGAAAUAAUUGCAUUUUUGUAAAGGAAUUUUGUUAGAGAUCAGAUUCAGAAUGAUGAUCAAAACAUACACAGACAUUUAAAAAGUUGUAAAAUUAGUUGUUGCUUCAGUUUUUUUUAAUUGGGUAAGAGUGCCAUCUAGUGGACAGAAUUACAGAUUACAGUAAAAACUCAUCAGGAAAGCGUCAUUGGCAGGGAAAUAUUUCUGCUAAUUGACGAGAUAACUAGCAUAAUGCUAUUACUAAAUACUGUGGUUCUGGUAAAGCACACAAACGUGUUAUCUGUAUUUUCAUAUUUCAAAUGUUGCACUGAAUAAAGCAGAUUAAGCAGUUUGUCGUUAUUAAUAUUUCAUCUUUUAAGGGUUAAACUAAACCACAUGCAUACUAAUGCAUCAUGUUGACACCAGAUGUGUAAAAU